AUGAUAAUGAAUAAUGAAUUAUCUGAGAUAGAAACUAUAUUGGCUGAUCAUAAAUGAAAAAAGCCGCCAAAGCCUCCAACAGCAAUUCCAAAAGCAAUUAAUCUGCCUUUGCAUAAGAGAUCUGCUACACAUACAGAAAAUCCUUCGCAACAAGGUUCGCAGACCUUGAGAAACUUUUUUGUCACCCCAAAGAAAGAAAACCCAGAGUCUUUUACGUCGAGAACCGCUGGAAAUAGUCCAAGUUUUACAAGUCCAGUUUCAUCAAAUGCUUCUUCUUCAGAAAGAUCUCCAGUUCUAUCACCCAGAUCACAAAGGCAAUUGCAAUUAAAAAGGCUGGCUGUUCCUUAUAAAGUUUUAUCAGAAUCUCUCAAAAAAUUGGCAAGGGAGCGAUCAAAUUCAGAUGAUUUUAGAGUGCCUGUAUUUCCAAAAGCACCUUUUGGCGAGCAUAGAGCAAGACUAGACCCUGAAUUUGUUAAUGUACCAAGCCAGAUGGCAGGGUCCUUCGAUGGAGAAUAUGAGGUAAAUAAAAUUAAAAAGCUGCAUGGAAGGUUAGAAUUUACAACUUCAAGAUCACAUAAUUCGCCAAACUUUAGUCCAGAUAGGUUGCCAUCAAUUAAAAUUAGAAGAGGAUCUGAAUGUGUUAAGUAUAAUAACUCCAUUUAUUAG